AUGACAUUAUGUAACUUUGACGUAACUUAUGUCCGACUAAGACAUUUUUCUGAGACAGGACGAGGCAAACUGAGUGGAGCUCACGCUGGAGUGGUUAUUCUGACACCACUCGAAGAUGCAAUAACAAGCGGAAGUCAUCAUUAUACCGGAUCUACGCCACUUGAACCUCCACCAACUUUGAUAAAUUCAGUAUAUUCGGCGCUUAAAAAUGUAUUUUCAUCUGCUCCUCCACUUCAAGACACGUAUGCAGAUUAUGUCCCACCACCUCCCCAGCCAUUCCAACCGAUGUCAUGGGGUGCCGUUAACUCCUAUGGUGAACCGGCCACAGCUGACAGUUACACUGACUACAGUCCUUACCCACCAAUCGAAUACGCUUCAUCCAAAAAAUCUGUCAUCACUCCUCACAGACACGAAGGCCUGACUCCAGCGAAAAUUCAAAAAAUAAAUGCAAAUUUGGAAAAAUUAAAUGCCUACAUGAAUGAGAAUCAGCGUUCUUCUGAGGAGUUGCCAAAAUUGAAUAAGGAUUAUGCGGAAAUGUUGAGAAAAGGAUUAAUUCCAUUGAUGCCAACACCUGUUGUCUCUGAUAACGAGAUAGGGGUACUUCCUGCAGAAUUUUUGCCUGACCCUUUGAGUUCUACCUCCACUUCUACGACCACUACGACUUCACAACCACCAAAGAAUACAACCGAAAACGAAAAUAUUAGAAGAAAAAAAGAUGUUAAAUACAUGCUUCGCGGCAAUAGGAUUGUUCAACUGACAAUUGAC